AUGUCAGCGUCGACCGAAGAGGAUACAUUGGAUAGAUUUGCAAGAGCCUUACAAGUACUGAAGAAAGACUUAGAUAUUCUCUAUGACCCGAAGGAGCUACCAGCGUCUGAGGUGUGUACAGACAGCUACCCCGCAGGCACCAAACCCCUCAGUAGAAAUGAAAGACCCAGAAAAUACUCGGAGCUGCUCAUACAGCAGCAGAGUCUUUCUAAUAAAGAGAAAAGCAGCAGCAGCAGCAGCAGCAGAAUGGCGUCAAGAGAGCAGCAAAAGACAGCCUCAAGCCGCGCUUCAAUGCCAGUGAAAGCAGCAGCAGAGAGAAAGGUGCACGCAGAACGGAGUAGCGGCGAGAGGUUUCGAUUCGCUUCGGGGGAGAAGCCAUCAGCAGCUGUGCUUAGAACAGGCAGCAGCAGAAAGACUGCAGCAGAGCAGCAGCAGCAGCAGCAGCAGCAGCGGCAGCAGCAGCAGCAAACAAGCAGUUGGUCUAGGUCUGGUGGUAGCUGGGGUUUAAAUAGACACGACACCUCGCUAAAGAGAGAAGAUAAAGAAGCAGAAAAAGAAAUUAAAGCAGCAACAACAUUUGCAGGAAAACUAUUAGACAUAGAACCUGUAAUAAGAGAAGCAGCAGCAGCAGAAGGGAGGCAAGAUCGCCAUCUCCCGAUGCGGUGUACAGUGGUAGUAGGAGAUAAAGAAGAUAUUUCUUUUGAAGAUACUUCUGAAAGUAAUAUAACAGACAGAAGCAGCACAAGCGAUGCUA